UCAAGAUCAUAGGUCAAAGACCAAAGGUUAUAAACGUUAAAAACAAAGAAGAGCCUGCUUAGAGUGCUUGCUUCUAUUAUUUAUUUUACGUGAACAAGAACUUUCAUUUUCAAACUGUUUGGCAGGACGACACGAACUAGUCGUUGGCCAGACUACUUUAUGCAUCGUCCAUCAGCGUCAGAACAGCGUAGAACGCACAGAGAAGCUGUUGAUGAGAUCAUAACUUUAAUAAAUUCAACUGUAUUUUGUAUCACAGUCGACGCCGGCACACUCUGUCCGCUGCUUCUUGAGACUCUGCAGGUCGAUAUACUUUGGCGACAUUUUGACCUGUGUUUUAAAAGGUGAAUGCCCCCUCAGCUGGAAAUGGAUAACCUAAAAAAGAUAGUUUGUGAUGCAAUAGACAAGGAAAGUGAACAAUUGUGUGACUUAAGCAGCAAGAUCUGGCACCUGAAGGAACUUGCUUAUCAGGAGCAUCAGUCGCAUGCAACAUUAACACAGUUUUUCUUGGACAGAGGAUUUGAAGUUGUGCCCCAUCAUGUGAUUGAAACUGCUUUUGUUGCCACUUUUGAGACAUCAAGUGGUGCGGUUGAAGGUACACAGAAGAAGCCUCAUGUAGCUGUUAUCUGUGAGUAUGACGCUCUCCCGGAAAUCGGCCAUGCUUGUGGUCACAACCUCAUUGCAGAAUUAGGGGUUGCUGCUGGACUGGGCAUCAAGGCAGCUUUGGAGCAGAAUAAAAAUAUCAGUGGCAAGCUGUCUAUCAUAGGCACACCGGCUGAGGAAGGAGGUGGAGGUAAGAUCGACCUGAUAAAUGCUGGUGUGUUUGAUGGUGUGGAUGUAGCAAUGAUGGCUCACCCGGCCCCCUUCACUGAUGCCAGGCCAACUUUUCUUGCUUCUAAAAGGUUUAUCGUGGACUACCACGGCAGGGCGUCGCACGCUGGAGGGUUUCCCUGGGAAGGGGUCAAUGCUCUGGAUGCGGCUGUGCUCGGGUAUAUGAAUGUGGCAGCUCUACGCCAGCAGAUGAGGCCGACGUGGAGAGUACACACUAUUAUUACAAAAGGAGGGGUGAAGACCAAUGUGAUUCCCGAUGAGACACAGUUGUCUCUUCAGAUCAGGGCCCCAAUAGACUCGGAAUGCAAGCUUCUUGAGACAAAGGUCAAACAGUGUCUUACGGCCUCCGCGACUGCUUCAGGAUGCACGGUGGACAUCACAGACUCAAAGAAACCCUAUGAAAGCUUGAUCACCAACAACACGCUAGCUACCCUUUAUGAGACUAAUGGAGCUGCUGUUGGAGUGGAAUUCCCACCCACAUCACCAAAGAAGGUGUUGGGUUCCACAGACAUGGGCAAUGUGAGCCACCGGAUCCCGUCCCUGCACCCCACCUACGACAUUGGCACUGACGCUGUCAAUCACACGCAUGAGUUUACCACGGCUACAGGUUCCCAGACGGCACAGAGCUUCACCAUUGCCCAGGGGAAAGCUUUAGCUAUGGUGGCUCUCGAUAUUUUCCAGAAACCAGAGCUGCUCCUUCAGAUCAGAAAAGACUUUGAAGAAGAUAUGAAAAAUUUAUAGGCCUACAUCACCCCAAUCAUACAUUGAAUAUGUACAUUUGACAGAAGAUUUAAUAUUCAGAGCUUUUAAGGUUUAAGUUUUAAAAAAGAUGUUUUGUGGUGAUUUUUAAACUUAAGACCUUCACCUUGAGAUGUUAUUGAUUUUAUGAUUGAAUUUGUGCACACUCCAAAAUGAUUUAAUGCCCAAAUGUGAUAUAAAAUUGUUGGUGAUAUCUUUGCUGCCUUUUUCCUCCCUUUUGGUGUAUGGCAUUUAAGCGAUUUGGGAAUGUCACAUUUUGUGACAAACGUUCAGCUCAGGAGAUAGUGAAGUAUUGUGUCGUCAACUUUUGUGGCUGUCGUCUGUCUCUCUUUGACGAACACGAAGAGAUCUUGAAUUAUAAUUGAGAUAUAUUCUUAUUGCUCGUAUGUACCUUGUAUGAAAUUUUCCUUUAGCAAAUAGUUUUUGUUUGUUAAUGUAGAUUUUUAUCUCAGACAACAUACUAUUGUCCCAGUUACGCAGACCACAGGUGCCUGAGCAGAUUAUAGAGUAAUUGAUUGUAAAUGAUUUUACCCUGCUAUUAAAGUAAUUUAGAACAUUGAAGAAGUAGGCUGCUUCAACCUCUCCCAUCAGAGCCAACACAGGCUGGGAAGAAUGCAGCAUACCGAUAGACAGACAGAGAUACUCGCUGAAAAGUACAGUCAAAAUUGUCCAAGACUUCUACCCAUUGUCGUGGAGACAAGUGGCUGUCCUAGACAGGUGGCUCUCUUAAGCAGGAUUGAUCAAAAUUAAGAAUGCAAGCCAUUUCCUUCUGAGGUCCCAACUGGAGGCAGUCACAGGCUUAGAUAAUUUCAGUAAGGCCCACUUAAAUGUUGCUGACUGGUCAACUUGGGUUAACAGCGAGAGAGACCAGAAACCUUGUCUUCGCAACAUGCUUGUCAGCGAUUGGUUCAUUCAUAGGACAACAACAAUAUUGACAGGUGAAUGGAUAUGAUAUAAAUAUGGUCAAACCUGCCCUGAUGAACACCUACAUAAUAUGAUAUAAAUAUUAUAUAAUAGCUGCCAACCAGUACGUAAAUAAAUUUAUUUUAUACAGUUUUUCAGAGUCUGAGAUGGAAGUCCGUUUUCAUUAUGAAAAUGGGUAGUCUGUUUUCUAGAUAACAUCGCUCUUUAUGGAUUUGCCAAUGCUAAAGAAAAAUUAUGAAGUUUUGAUAUCCGAUUUGUGAAUAACAAUGAAAAUGAAACUGAUAGCUCUAUGUCAAUUGUAGAGUUGUGAGGGUUACCGUUAUUUAUUGAAUGCAGAAAAAUGUGUGUGAUAGGUUUGUAGAAAGUGUUAAUUGGCCUAAACCUACCCAGAUGAUGGGCCGAGUGGAUAGAGUUUAUUUUUAGAUUCAAAAGUUGGCAACCAUUUAUAUAUAAUAUUGUAUAUAAUUUUUGCCGAAGUCUAUAGCUACAGGCUCUAUAUUGUUAUAAUGAGAAAAUGUAUACGGGUCAUCUGUUUUAAAAUUUGAUGUUUAUAAACCAAAAAUUUGAAAUCCAAUAUUGCUUUUGUAUUUUUUUUUUAUAUAAGUUUUCACACUUCAUCAAUGGUGCUAUGUAAAUGUAAGCCUCUUUUCUGGUAGCAAUUCUGCUGGUACUCACAUAACCCAGUCAGAGACACAAGCUUCAAACUUCAAGUCUCUAGGUCAAUUCAAUUAAUUCAGUUGGUUGAACACUGUCCAUAGUAUCAUGACAAUGACAAUGACAAUCUUUAUUCAUCUCGCAGGGAGAAAUUUGUCCUGGUCGUUAACAAUGGCAGUAG